GGCCAGUCUUGUAUAUAUCGCUGUAAAAAUCAUGUUUCCUUCAUCCAAGUCAACAGUACGGAUAUUUUUGCCUCAUUCCGCUCUUUUGACCACACAGUCACCAGUCACUCCUCGUGGGACUGAAGACAAGCAGUGACUGAUCGGCAAGUAGCCCUAAACCAAGCGGCGAGGACAACUUAUCUCUGACAUGAAUGUGCUCUGAUGAGCACACCUGUGAAGCAGGGAAUUACACAGCAGAGAAGCAUGUCGUGUGGCUUUUUGAAGAGGUUCCUGGUGAGCGUGUCCCGGAGGAAGCCCCUGGAACCCGAGGGGGAGCAGUCUACGUUUAACCGAUGCCUGACCACUCUGGACCUUGUGGCCCUCGGUGUGGGCAGCACCCUGGGGGCAGGGGUCUACGUCCUUUCCGGAGAGGUGGCCAGAGACACUGCUGGACCCAGCAUCAUCAUCUCCUUCUUCAUCGCAGCCCUGGCAUCCAUAUUCGCCGGACUGUGCUAUGCAGAGUUUGGGUCCCGGGUUCCCAAAACAGGCUCAGCAUACCUUUACAGCUAUGUGACUGUUGGAGAGCUUCUGGCUUUUAUCACUGGGUGGAAUCUGUUACUCUCCUACGUCAUAGGGACAUCCAGUGUUGCGCUGGCAUGGAGUGGGACGUUUGAUGACCUUAUUGGGGGUGCCAUAUCUAAAUUCUUUGAGGAAAAUGCAUCUAUGGGCCUUCCUGGCCUGGCACCCUACCCAGAUGCCUUUGCUGCGGCUCUUAUCCUGAUACUGUCAGGUGUGCUAGCCUUCGGCGUGAAAGAGUCAACAACGAUCAACAAGAUUUUCACAGCAGUCAACAUACUGGUGCUGCUGUUUGUGACCAUCUCUGGAUUCAUCAAGGGAGACAUCUCCAACUGGCAAAUCAGUGCGGAGGCUUUGCUAAACGAAACAGCUGAACUCAAUAACUUGAGCUCUACUGCCAAUCUUACAAGCGCGUAUGGAGUAGGUGGAUUUUUCCCUUAUGGCUUUAGUGGAACACUGGCCGGAGCUGCAACAUGCUUCUACGCUUUUGUUGGAUUUGACUGCAUCGCUACAACAGGUGAGGAGGUGAAAAACCCUCAAAAGUCUGUUCCCGUGGGUAUUGUAGCCUCACUACUUAUCUGCUUCCUGGCCUACUUUGCUGUGUCUGCUGCUCUCACCCUGAUGAUGCCCUACUACAUGCUCGAUGAAAAAAGCCCCCUGCCAGUGGCCUUUCAACACAUCGGCUGGGGUCCCGCUAAAUACGCUGUGGCAGUGGGAUCACUGUGUGCUCUGUCCACCAGCCUGUUGGGUUCCAUGUUCCCGAUGCCCAGGGUGCUGUUUGCUAUGGCAAGAGACGGCCUGCUUUUCCGACCCCUGACUCAAGUCACUGCCAAGGGAAGUCCUGCUGUAGCUACAAUAUCGUCUGGAGUUGUCGCAGCCAUCAUGGCCCUGCUGUUCGACCUGGAAGCCUUGGUGGAAAUGAUGUCCAUCGGCACUCUGUUUGCUUACACACUUGUGGCCAUAUGCAUCCUGAUACUGAGGUACCAGGCAGGUCCUGAGUCUGAAGACACAGACCUGAAGAUCUUGGAGUCAGACACCAAAUUUAGCUUCCUGAAGCCUCCAUCAUUUCCCACUUCAACUACCUCAAGGACGGUCACAAUCCUAACUAUAACCUCUGUUGCAUGUGUGAUCGGGCUGUGUAUCACCUUGACCCAAGCCUUAGAUGCUAUAGCCCGUAUGGAAGCAUGGAGUCUGGUGCUUGUCUGCGUCCUCGUUUUCAUCAUACUGCUCAGCCUUUUCUUCAUCUGGAGGCACCCGCAGAACCCCACCAAGGCAUCUUUCAUGGUGCCCUUUCUCCCUGCACUGCCUUUAGUAAGUACAUUUAUAAAUGUGUACCUGAUGGUCCAGUUAGGUGCAGACACAUGGAUGCGCUACGCCAUCUGGAUGGCAGUAGGAUUACUCAUCUAUUUUGGCUACGGGAUGCAUUUCAGCGUUCAGAAGAAGCAUUUCAACCGCCAGCCGACAACUGAAACCAUCAGUAGCAAUGUGGACAACGACAUCAUUAAAGAAGAGAAAUUCUGAGCUCGAGCUGAGUGGAGAGAGAUGAAUUGAGAUGUUACAGUGAGUAACUGCUUUGAGUGUUCAACUGUUUUACACACGUUGCUGCGGACCUGUUCCUGCGGUGUCAGCGUGACAGGUGUGUAGUGUUGAAAUGCAGACAAGUGGGCCAACUUUUAUCCCACAUUGCCACUUUAUUACAUGUUGAUGCAGUUUGCAGCUGGUUAAAGUACAAUUUCAUAUUGUUUUUUUUGUAAAAUAAACUUAUUUUCAUAUCAUUAUUAAUCAUAUUUAUAUUUUGCCUGUAUCAAUGUCUGAGCCUUGUCCUGGAGCCUCUUCAUGAACUCUUCUUUUGUACAAAAAUCCUUUUCCCACAAUCAAAGUAGUUCCCUGCACCCAUGUAUGUUUAAAACAAAACAAAAGAAAAAAAGGGUUUGAACAAUUUUCUAUUAUACCAUUUUAUUACAAUUAAAUUUACACUGGUCAUAUAAAAUGUAAAGUAUAGAAAUGUAUUCUAAUUAUUGUAAUUAUGAUUUAUAAAUAAUAACAUGAGAAUUGUUUUUUUACAUAUCAAAAUAUAAAGUUAGUUGAAAGAUGUACAAUGUAGAUAUAGAAAGCCUUUUGUGAAAUGUUUUUUUGUUGUUAGCAUGUUUGAAGAUGAUUGUUUAUUGUUUCAAAGUGUAUAUACAGAAACUGUACAUGUUUUCUAAUUACAUAUUGUAAAUGUAUUCCUUAAUUAAAAAGAAAUAAUCCAGUUUUCAA